CUGCGCUAGUCGGGGUAUAUGAAGGCUUUCGACAUAUCCUGCGUGUCAGUUUGGGAGACACAGUUGUGUCGGGAAUAUGUUUCCUCGGUAUCUGCAACACUAACAGGCUAAAAGAGAGAAACGCAACGGUCUUAGACGCAUUUAGGCCACCUGUGGAAGCAUUACAAUAUAUAUAUAUAUAUAUAUAAAUUUAUAACUGUUAAGUAUUGCAGGCGAGUCGAGUGUUUUAUCCAUCGCUGUCAACUAGAAUUCGCAUUUCGAAAUAUAGUUUUCGACGAAUGUUAAUGUCAAGUACUCGGAGAUGUGCUCUGAAGCUCUCAGUUCGUGGAAAUCUUGAACAUAAGACCAGAGAUAGCUUUUUUUAAGACUUACCUAAUCUCAUUUGAGAAUGUAGGUUGCAAUAUGAAACAUUGCUGUGUAAAAUAAGAAGACAAUACGUGGCAGGUGUUUGUGUUUCGUUUAAAUGACAAUGUCAAGUAUGAACAAGUACAUUGCAUUUCAUACAUAAAGACAUAAAGUGCAUUACGUGAGACCUAGUGUUAACUAUAUCUAACUCGGUGAUUUAGUCUACGAGUAUACACGAAUAACUGUAUUUUUGAAGACACCAAGAAAGACACACAAAUUACCAUGGAGUGCUCUGUCAGUUCUUCACUUUUCGUGGCGAUAACAUUUCUGGCCAUGGUUGAGGGUGUGCUAACCCUGUUUAUAUACAUUAAAGAGAGGCGUUUGAGGAAGAGAGAGCCGAGUCCUUUUGUUUACAGUCUGGCCGUUAGUAUUACCCUGCUAUCUGCGUUCUCCUUUGCCUACAAUGUCAGACUCCUUUCGCGUUCGUGCCAAAACGAUUGGAGUAUUAUGUGGUGCGUUGUUUUGAACAUUCUUCUGCGGUACCUGCACGUCGUCUCUUGCUUCUGCGUGACUUGUCUGGCUCUGUACCGAUACCUGUACCUGUGCUGGCCUCUCCGCUGCCCGAUGCUCGUCACCAAGCGCCGUUGUUACUACGUUACUCUAGCCUGCUGGACGCUGCCCAUCGCCCUGGUCGCCGUUCCGUCUGCGAUCGACGGCAAGGCUCCGUGCGCUGACAUGAAGGUAACCGACUCCUUCCGUAUCACCUACGUCGUCUUGUACAUCUUGGGAGCCCUCGCCACCUUCGUCGCAUACCUCCUGGUGGCGCUGGAGUUCAGGAGGAAACACAACAGUGCUUCGCCAACCGCAGACAUCGCCAAGUUCGACUUCCUCGUGAAAUUACGAACGGAGAGGUGUGCCCUUCACGUCUUCGUACUCUACACUAUCUUAUCUCUCCCUCAUAUCAUAAUGGUCAUCAUGAGCAUGAUCUACGACGAGAUCGCCCAGGUGAACAGGAACAUCCCAGCCCUCCUGCAGCGUCUGCACCUGCUGCUAUUCCUCCCUUUCUACGCCUGGGCCAAUCCCUUCUUCCGCGCCGCCUUCACUAGUUGGACCAAGAGGACGUGGUCGAGACUGACGUGCGGAGACAAAGAGGGUGACUUCCACCUCCACAGUAACGGCACGAAAGGGGAGUCGGCGGAGAAGGUGGAGGGUCUGCGGCAAGAACCCCCUGUUUGAUUUGGCUGCGGGCGGCUUGUCAUGCCUGUAACUUGUAGUGGUUGAUGUAAGGGAGUAGCCAGGAGUUUAGACGGUGGGAGUGGGAGGGUUGUGGGAGUGGGGGUGGAGGUGAAAGAGUUAGUUGAACUUAGCUUUCCAUGAGACCUUAGCUUUCUAGGGUCUGUGACGAUUCUCUCUUGUUGAAUUGACAGUUUACCUUUUGUAUUUUCCCAAUGGUUGACGAGUCAUAGGCAAACAGUUCAGCAUUAGAUGUGAACUCAAUAAACUGCAAAUCUCAAGAGCGGGUAUGUGCCUCCCUAGCCCCCUCGCUGGACCUGCUGUACCAAAAGCUUGAGUAAUCCCACGUGGCUCUACUGUUGUAAAUUGUAAAUAGCGAUGUGAUUAGCAUGUUUUCUAUUAAAAUUUAUAUAUAUAUAUAUAUAUAUAUAUAUAUAUAUAUAUAUAUAUAUAUAUAUAUAUUAGUAUGUAUGUAUGAGAAAGUGCCUUUUCAGUAAUAUGUUGGUGAUGAGGUGAUAACCAAUAUGUAAAUAUUAUAUAUUUAUUAGUAUGUAUGUAUGAGAAAGUGCAUUUUCAGUAAUAUGUUGGUGAUGAGGUGAUAACCAAUAUGUAAAUAUUAUAAAGAAAAAGUGUCUUCAGGUGAUGAAAAUUGAAUCUAUCAGUAGAUGUGUUAGGAAUCUCUUCGUUUCUUUAAAGAACAUAGAUGCUAACCUUCUGCUUUAAUACAUCUAAAUUGUGACUGUAAAAAUAAUAAUGAUAAUAAUUACGAAAAGAUGAUACACCUUUGAUAACUACGUGUAUCUUAUUAUCACCCUUCUAUCUCUCACUUACAAACAAGCACACGUAUAUACAUAUACACACACACGUACACUACAAGCACACAAGCGGAGACCAAAGCACGCAUAAUCAGUUGUCAGGAAGUUCAUUUGGCAACAUCAGAACGUUUUUCCCCAUGCGAGAUACUCGUCUCUCCUGUUAUACCUCAUUUAAACCACUGCGGUUCUGCUCUUGUUUCAGAAAAAAAGGAUUUCAAUGUGCUACUUAUAUAUAUAUAUAUAUAUAUAUAUAUAUAUAUAUAUAUAUAUAUAUAUCUGUGUGUCUGUAUAUAUACGUAUAUAUAUACAUGUCCAUUAUAUGUUAUUAUCAUUGUUAUGUGUCAAAAUAAUUGCAAAUAAGUGCGUGAAUAAGUUUAUAUGAUGCGACGAUUUGCCUAGUGCAGGUAAUAUUACUCAGGAAUUUAUUACGGGUGUAUAUAUUUUAGAAAUGUAAAGUUGUGUAUUAAAUCAAUGGAAGAAAAACUGUGAAUACUGGUUUUUAUUUUAUUAUAUUUUACACAAACCAAACUAGAAAAAAAAUAUCAUAAACAGAAAGUUUUUUUUUCUUCUUCAUUUUGAGAGAGGAUUAACAUUGUCACAUUUCUGAGACCGCGAUAGACUCGUAUCCUUUUAAGAUUAUGCAACACGUAUAUCAAAGGGAAGCAAGAGCGAUAUUAACUCAUUUACUCUUAUAAUUAAACAACACAGACCUAGGAGCAAAGAAAGGGCACAAUGCUUUUGAUUCACGACACGAAAUUCUGUUUCGUUUAUUCUGCCAUCUAUUAGUAUAUACAAGUUGCGUGUGUGU